AAUCUUCACAGACCUUCCUGCCCAGGCCUCAUUUACUCUGAAAUGUUUACUCUUUAAAAUGCCUACAUCUUGAUGGCACAGUCCUUUGGUUUCCAGUGGGACCACUGACAUUGGUUCACUUAAGUGGCUCUUUUGGGGAAGAAUGAACAAGAAAACAUUUAGGAGCCCCCUUUAUCAUUCACCAAACCAAUGACCUCUGUGGAAUUGGGGAGGAGUCUGGAACCUCUGCCCUGUGCAUGGCUGGACCACAUGACCUGUCUGCCUGCAAGGGUCCUUCUUCGAGCCUAAAUACAACUAAAGUGUGAGAAACAACUUCCACACAAAAAGCUAGAGAGAUGGGGCUUAACAUUGGCAGAGAAUGGGAUGAAGUAUGACUGAAGCACUGGGUUUCCUUAAAUCUUUGGAGACAAGGUUCCUGUGGGUCACUACAAAGACAGUUGAGUCUCACAAUGCUGUGGGCUUCAGCAUGCAUUAAGGCCAUGCAGGGGCAGUUGAGAGCUGGGCUUCAAAGAGAGAGGGUGUGGGCCCAAAUCUCCUUCUGGAUUCCUGACAGCUUGACCAGAGUAGGAUUCCUGCUUGGUGCUGUACUAUUACAGGGAGUUGAGCAGCAGAAAAUAAAAUUGUUUUCUCCAGCCUCCCUGAGAUUUAAUGUGAAGAAAGAAUGCUUUUGUCAGGAACACUGCCUAGAUCUAUCAGCAGGGAUAGAGAUGGCUUUCCCUUCUUCACAACAUGCCUCUCCUCUUCCUUUGACACCACAGUGGCAGACACUCUGGCCUCCUCUGCCCCUUCCUCCAGGCCUGGGUAGAAGAAAGGCUUUGGGAAGAGUGACAGGCUCCCUGUGGUAGGUCUGUACCUUGUCACCAAGCCUCCUAAGCUCAGAUCUGUGGUAGCCACAGGAGAGCCAGCUCCAUGCUGUGUGGCUGGUGACAUUUCCGGCUGCCAGUACCCAACCAAUCAGUGACAGAUUCAGCUAGCUAGGAUGAUGACACAUGAAAUAUGCUAAUUUUCUCUAAAGAAUCUGGGAGGGGAGAGGUGGGGAGAGUAGUUUUGGCUGGGAGGGUGAGGCAGACAGGGCUAGGUAAGAGAGAGCCAGGCAUGGGUUUCAGUGGUCUGCCUGGCAGGACCAGGAGAGGGAAUGAGAGUCAGGGCUAGAGCUGGGGGGACCUGUCCUGGAGUGGCCCUAGGAACACAGUGGUGGAGGGGCCUGCUGAUGGCCAGGAACAAGGGGGGCAGGUAGCAGGGCCGGGAUGAAGUUCUGGGGCUCUUGGGAGGAAGACACUGGUCUUUCUUUCAAACAGGAGUAAAGUUACUUUUUGUUUUUCUCAGUGGUACCUCUUUAAAACCUAAAACAAAACUGGAAUGGAUGCCAUCUGAGUGGCUGAAGUAGUUGGCAUGAGCAUUCUAGGCUGGGGUGGGCUGUUCUUCAACCUCCAUGCUCCAAAACCCCCAAAAGUUAAAAACAGAACAGCAAUGAAACCUUGCUAACAAAACAUUGAAGAGGAGCCAAUCAGAAGAGUCAAACAGAGAAGGCCAGGUGUCAGUCUCAAUUCCUGAUGCAAGCAGAAGGAAACCUGUCCUAUGACGGAUCUGAGACUGAUUCUCACGGUGGCUCAGAAAUGCUGCCUGAACUGUCCUUUGGUUCCCUGAGACGUCAGGGGAGGGCAGGCAGGGCACCUGGGAGAAAGCUGGAGGUAGAGGGUGGGGUUCAGCAGAGACCUCACUGCCUCGAGUCACCUGGCCCUUCUGGCCCCUCAGGAGCAAUGAGGGACCCCAGAGGAGUGACCCCUGUUUUGAGAAGUCUGCUGAGAGUCUAACCCAUUGAACAUGAAUGUUUAGAAGUGUUCGCAUGCAGUGCUACUCAUCAGUGGGAAGCCCAUCACGAAAUAGACAUGUGUGCUUUGCUUAUAUCCUGUCUUGCCUAUGUUUCUCCCACCAAGUAAUGUAUUAUCCACAUGGGCAGAUGUAUGAAAGUCAAUGAACACUGUCACUACCUGAAAUUUUGCCCUGCGUGGCAAUAGGCCUGGUGCUUUCUUCCAAUAUUCCCAGCCAUGCUAUUCAAGUGAUAAUUGGUGUACUGUAUCUUUAAAAGGUUAAAACCCCUUUUAAAAAAAAAAAAAGAUCUGGACUCCUAGUGGAAAAGACAAGCUGGGCAUGGGUUGGCUCUGGAUUCGGAAAGCAGCUGCUGAUUAGAUUCUGUGUCUGCGGGCUGAAUUUAUUCCGUGUUUCCAGCAGGAAUUCAAGAGGGAUGCUUCUGUUUGGGUUUCUGAUCGUGAUUUAUAUUUAUUCAGAGGAAUAACAGAGGGUGGAUCUGUUCCCGGCGUGAGCAUGCUCACCACCAGCCGACUCUCCCAUUAUCCCCCUGCCUAGUUUGGUGCUUCAGUGUACAUGAGUAUUCCGUGUGCAUAUGUGUGUAUACAAACACGCAUGCACGCCUGGAUGGACAGACGUACGCACAGGUUAUUUCUUAAGAACAAUUCCUUCAAUAAGGUCUUUACCCCUUACUUGAAACAGGUGUUUAUGAAAAAAAAUGCACUAUAUCCCGACUGACCGGAAUAAUUGAAGAAGGGUGCUGGAUCCGUGGGUCAGAGAACACACAGGACCAGCUUGCUACCCCAAGGCUGAAGGUCUCCCUCUGACAGCCUUGAAGCUCUUGAGAAUCUCUGGCCUGCCUUGACCAUGACAUCCCAGCAAGCUCCUGAUAGGAUCAGAGGCACAAACCAAGCUGCCUUGAAGUAGCUCAUGGGAGACUCUCGAGAGCCACUGACCAGGCACACUGUCCCUCCCUCAGGAAGGAGCAGUGCGUAAGCAGAGGCAUUGCAGCAGGAGUGGACAUGAACGCUGGCUUCCAGAGAGAGCAGCGGUUCAGUUUUGGUCACCGGAAGUGGUGCCUGCAGCGCAGAAGACCGUGAUUUCUCCUCUGAGGUGUUAAUCUCCAGUACAGAAUUCAAAGCAGAAGAGGGCCGCUCCAGCAUCCAUCGUGGCAUCUCUCCAGCCCGGACUAGGCAUGACAGACCCAUGGACACAGGUGUCUCUGCCCUCCAGCUGUUCAUAUAGCACACAGGGGACUCGUGGGGGCCACUCGUCACUCAAAUCCACUCAAUGGCAAUACUGACAUCUUCCAUGCUGUUUUCAAGACAGACGUUCAGGCAGAAAAAUGCCAGUGUGCUUUCUGUCUGCAGAGUAGAGGGCUAUGCCACACCAAAAUGAACAGUGUGGGCCCCGGGACCUGCUCUGAGUCCACUUGCAGCCACUGACACUUGAGGGGAUAAAAAGCCCAGCCCCAAAGCCACCGUGGGGUUGGCUUCCACAGCUCUUGACCAAUGUGGCCAAAGCUAGACACUUCGGGACACUUGGAUUAUUCAUAAAUGCGACCUACCCCGAACUCCCUGAGUAGCAUCUGAAGUCUUGUAAAGGUCAUGGAUCCUGACCAAAGCAUCAAGGGCACCAAGAAGGCUGAUGGAAGUCCCCGGAAGCGGCUGACCAAAGGAGAGGCCAUUCAGACUAGUGUUUCUUCCAGCACUCCAUACCCAGGCAGCAGCACUACUGCUUCCUCAGAGGGUGCCAGCCAGGAGCUCCUAGCCCCGCAGCCUUUCUCAGGCCCCUCAGUGGCUCUUAGGGAAGGCGCUCAGGAGAAAACGGGUCAGCAGCAGAAGCCUCCCCGGAGGCCAUCCAUCGAGGCCUCGGCCCACAUCCCGCAGCUUCCGCAGCACCCUCUGACACCAGCAUUCAUGUCCCCUGGCAAACCAGAGCAUCUCCUCGAGGGGUCCACAUGGCAGCUGGUCGACCCCACAAGACCUGGACCCUCAGGCUCCUUUGUGGCCCCAGGGCUGCAUCCACAGAGCCAGCUCCUCCCAUCCCAUGCUUCUAUCCUUCCUCCUGAGGACCUGCCUGGCAUCCCUAAGGUCUUCGUGCCUCGUCCCUCACAGGUCUCCCUGAAGCCCACAGAAGAGGUACACAAGAAAGAGAGGAAACCGCAGAAGCCGGGCAAGUACAUAUGUCAGUACUGCAGCCGGCCCUGCGCCAAGCCCAGUGUGCUCCAGAAACACAUUCGCUCACACACAGGUGAGAGGCCCUACCCCUGUGGCCCCUGUGGCUUCUCCUUCAAGACCAAAAGUAACCUCUACAAGCACAGGAAGUCCCAUGCCCACCGCAUCAAAGCUGGCCUGGCCUCUGGCUCCAGCAGUGAGAUGUACCCCCCUGGGCUGGAGAUGGAGAGGAUCCCUGGGGAAGAGUUUGAGGAACCCACUGAGGGAGAAAGCACGGACUCUGAGGAGGAAACUGGUGCCACGUCAGGUCCCUCCACAGAUGUUCUCCCCAAAUCUAAGCACCCCCUGCUCUCAAGUAGUUUGUACAGCUCUGGGAGCCACGGUUCCAGCCAGGAACGCUGCUCCCAGUCAAGCACUGCACCAUCGCUGGAAGACCCCACCCCAUUUGCAGAAGCCUCAUCGGAACAUCCCCUGAGCCAUAAACUGGAAGACACGCACACCAUCAAGCAGAAGCUGGCACUCCGCCUGAGUGAGAGGAAGAAGCUGAUCGAGGAGCAGACAUUCCUGAGCCCAGGGAGCAAAGGCAGCACGGAGUCUGGGUAUUUCUCACGCUCUGAGAGCGCUGAGCAGCAGGUCAGCCCCCCCAACACCAAUGCCAAGUCCUACGCAGAGAUCAUCUUCGGCAAGUGUGGACGGAUUGGGCAGCGGACCUCCAUGCUGGCAUCCACCUCCACCCAGCCCCUACUGCCUCUGUCUGCUGAAGACAAGCCCAGCCUGGUGCCUUUGUCUGUGCCCAGGACACAGGUGAUUGAACACAUCACCAAGCUCAUCACCAUCAAUGAGGCUGUGGUGGACACCAGUGAGAUCGACAGCGUGAAGCCCAGGAGGAGUUCCCUAACCAGGCGCAGCAGCGUGGAGUCCCCAAAAUCCAGCCUCUACCGGGAGUCACUAUCGUCCCACGGGGAGAAGACAAAACAGGAACAAUCACUGCUGAGCCUUCAGCACCCACCCAGCUCCACGCACCCCGUGCCUCUGCUGAGAAGCCACUCAAUGCCUUCUGCCGCCUGCACCAUCAGCACCCACCACCACACCUUCCGCGGUAGCUACUCCUUUGAUGACCACAUUGCUGACCCCGAGGUCCCCAGCCGCAGCACUCCCGUAUUUACCUCCCACCCACGGAUGCUAAAGCGCCAGCCAGCCAUUGAAUUACCUUUGGGAGGUGAGUACAGUUCCGAGGAGCCUGGACCAAGCAGCAAAGACCCCAUCACCAAGCCCUCCGAUGAACCAGAACCCAAGGAAAGCGACCUUACCAAAAAGACAAAGAAGGGGUUGAAAACGAAAGGCGUGAACUAUGAAUGUACCAUCUGCGGUGCUCGGUACAAAAAGAGAGAUAAUUAUGAAGCUCAUAAGAAGUACUACUGCUCUGAGCUCCAGAUCACUAAAGCCCACCCUGCAGGUGCUCAUGAAGUGGAAAAGACUCAGGCUGAGCCUGAGCCUUGGUCCCAGAUGAUGCAUUAUAAACUGGGGGCCACAUUGGAACUCACCCCACUGAGAAAAAGGCGAAAGGAAAAGAGCCUUGGGGAUGAGGAAGAGCCGCCUGGCUUCAGCAGCCCUGGCCCAUCAGACACAGCCCAUAACCUUCCCCUGGAGUCUACCAAGUCACCAGCAGAAGCAAGCAAAUCAGUACCCACUUUAGAGGGACCCACGAGCUUCCAGCCCAGGACCCCCAAGCCAGGAUCUGGGUCAGAACCAGGGAAGGAGAGGAGAACGAUGUCCAAAGAAAUUUCCGUCAUCCAGCACACCAGCUCCUUUGAGAAGUCUGACCCACCAGAGCAGCCAGGCAGCCUGGAAGAAGACAAGCCCCUGGCCCCGUUCUCAUCCCCGCCACCUGCCCCGCACGGACGCUCCGCUCACUCCCUGCAGCCGAGGUUGGUUCGCCAGCCCAACAUUCAGGUUCCAGAGAUCCUUGUGACCGAAGAACCAGACAGGCCCGACACAGAGCCUGAGCCACCCCCAAAGGAGCCUGAGAAGACAGAAGAGUUCCAGUGGCCCCAGCGCAGCCAGACACUGGCACAGCUCCCAGCAGAGAAGCUGCCACCCAAGAAAAAGAGACUACGCCUGGCUGAGAUGGCGCAGUCCUCAGGGGAGUCCAGCUUUGAGUCCUCCGUGCCUCUGUCUCGAAGCCCAAGCCAGGAGAGCAGCAUUUCUCUGAGUGGCUCCAGCCGCUCAGCUUCAUUUGACAGGGAAGACCACGGAAAAGCUGAGACCCCCGGACCCCUAUCAGACACACGCUCCAAAACCUUGGGCACCCACAUGCUGACUGUCCCCAGCCACCACCCACAUGCCCGAGAGAUGAGAAGGUCAGCCUCAGAGCAGAGCCCCAAUGUGCCCCAUUCCUCACACAUGACUGAGACCCGAAGCAAAUCCUUUGACUACGGCAGCUUGUCCCCAACAGGACCAUCUGUAGCAGUGCCUGCAGCUCCUCCACCCCCAGCCGCCCCACCAGAAAGAAGAAAAUGCUUUCUGGUAAGACAGGCCUCCCUGAGCAGACCUCCAGAAGCAGAGCUGGAAGCCACCCCCAAGGGAAAACAAGAGAGCAGUGAGGAGCCCUCAGCCAGCAAGCCUUCCACAAAAAGUUCCAUGCCCCAGAUCUCUGUGGCCACUAUACAAGGUGGGCUCUCAGGAAGCAAGAGCCAGAUGCAGGACAGACCUCCACUGGGGUCCAGCCCACCCUACACAGAAGCUCUGCAAGUGUUCCAACCUCUUGGCACCCAACUGCCCCCUCCAGUCUCCCUCUUCUCCUUGCAACAGCUUUUGCCCCAGGAGCAAGAACAGUCCUCUGAGUUCUUCCCCACGCAGGCAAUGGCUGGCCUCCUCUCCUCCCCAUACUCUGUGCCCCCACUCCCACCUUCAUUGUUCCAAGCCCCACCACUUCCUCUACAGCCUACUGUGCUACACCCCAGCCAGCUCCCUCCCCAGCUCUUGCCCCAUGCUGCAGAUCCCUUCCAACAGCCCCCUUCCUUUCUCCCCAUGCCAUGCCCUGCCCCCUCAACCCUCUCUGGAUAUUUUCUCCCUCUGCAAUCCCAGUUUGCACUGCAACUCCCUGGUGAAAUAGAAAGCCACCUGCCCUCAAUCAAAACCAGCCUGCCCCCUCUGGCAACAGGACCUCCUGGCCCCUCCAGUAGCACAGAAUAUAGUAGUGACAUCCAACUGCCGCCUGUGACUCCCCAAGCCACCUCCCCAGCUCCUACAUCAGCCUCACCACUGGCCCUGCCUGCCUGUCCAGAUGCUAUGGUGUCACUGGUUGUUCCUGUCCGCAUCCAAACCCACAUGCCAUCCUAUGGGAGUGCCAUGUAUACCACUUUGUCUCAGAUCUUGGUCACACAGUCUCCAGGUAGCUCAACAAGCAUGGCUCUUACCAAGUAUGAGGAACCCUCCUCCAAAAGCAUGACUGUUUGUGGGGCUGAUGUAUAUGAGGCUGAGCCUGGGCCAUCUAGCAUAAGCAAGGAACAAAGCAGAGGUUUUCAGACACCAUAUCUGAGAGUACCUGAAAGGAAAGGCACUUCACUGUCUUCUGAGGGCAUCCUCAGCCUGGAGGGGUGCUCAUCCACAGCCAGUGGAAGCAAGCGUGUCCUUUCCCCAGCUGGCAGUCUUGAACUUACCAUGGAAACCCAGCAGCAAAAACGGGUAAAGGAAGAGGAAGCUUCCAAGGCAGAUGAAAAACUGGAGCUUGUGAGUACCUGUAAUGUUGUGCUAACCAGUACAGAGGACAGGAAGAAGACAGAGAAAACCCAUGUGGGAAGCCAAGGCCGAAGCAGGAGGGAGGCAGAAACACUGUCCAGCUUGUCUUCAGAUGUAUCUGACCCAAAAGAACUUUCUCCCCUCUCUCAGUCCACAUUGUCCCAUGGGACAGCCCCAGGCUCAGAAGCUCUGAAAGAAUAUGCCCAACCAUCUAGCAAAGCUCACCGAAGAAGUCUGCCUCCACUGAGUGUAAAGAAAGAAGACCCAAAGGAACAGACUGACCUCCCUCCCCUGGCACCGCCUAGUUCUCUGCCUCUGUCAGAUACUUCCCCUAAACCAGCCAAAUUGCAAGAAGGUACAGACUCAAAGAAGGUACUGCAGUUCCCCAGCCUCCACACGACCACUAAUGUCAGUUGGUGCUAUUUAAACUACAUUAAGCCAAAUCACAUCCAGCAUGCAGAUAGGAGGUCCUCUGUUUACGCUGGUUGGUGCAUAAGUUUGUACAACCCCAACCUUCCAGGGGUUUCCACUAAAGCUGCUUUGUCCCUCCUGAGAUCUAAGCAGAAGGUGAGCAAAGAGACAUAUACCAUGGCCACAGCUCCACAUCCUGAGGCAGGAAGGCUGGUUCCAUCCAACUCCCGAAAGCCCCGCAUGACAGAGGUGCACCUCCCGUCGCUGGUUUCCCUGGAGAGCCAGAAAGACCCAGCUAGAGUGGAGAAGGAAGAAAAGGCAGAGGAAGGUACUCCCACUUCCAAGAGAGGCGAGCCGACGAGGGUCAAGAUCUUCGAAGGAGGGUACAAAUCAAACGAGGAGUAUAUAUAUGUGCGAGGCCGCGGCCGAGGGAAGUAUGUCUGUGAGGAGUGUGGAAUUCGCUGCAAGAAACCCAGCAUGCUGAAGAAACACAUCCGCACCCACACUGACGUCCGACCCUAUGUGUGCAGGCACUGUCACUUUGCUUUUAAAACCAAAGGGAAUCUGACUAAGCACAUGAAGUCGAAAGCCCACAGCAAAAAGUGCCAAGAGACGGGGGUGCUGGAGGAGCUGGAAGCCGAAGAAGGAACCAGUGACGACCUGCUCCAGGACUCAGAGGGGCGCGAGGGCUCCGAAGCUGUGGAGGAGCACCAGUUUUCAGACCUGGAGGACUCUGACUCAGACUCAGACCUGGAUGACGAUGAAGAGGAGGAGGAGGAGGAGGAAGAGGAGGAGAGCCAGGAUGAGCUGUCCAGGCCAUCCUCAGAGGCAGCUCCACUCUGCCUGUCAGCCACACUACAGGAGGACUCCUCCCCGAUUCGGGGCCCUCAGCCUCCAGAUGCCACUUCAGACGCGGCCCCGCAAGGCAGCUCCACCUCAGAAGCCACGCGUCUGACAGCCAGCAGCUGUUCCACACCCAGCCAGGGUACCCAAGGCCUUCCCCGGCUGGGACUGGCCCCAGUGGAGAAAGGCACGAGCUCAGCCCUGAGUGCCAAGGCCACAUCCCCUAGGAGGCCGUGGUCCCCAAGCAAAGAAGCAGGCAGCCGCCCCUCACUCACUCGCAAACAUUCACUCACCAAAACCGACUCAUCUCCCCAGCGAUGCUCACCGGCCCGAGCUCAGGCCUCAGUCACGAGCACACCUGGUCCCCAGACGGGCCCAGGAAGGGACCUAAGUCCUCACCUUUGUGGGUCUCCGAGACCAGAGUUGUCCUGUCUGACUCCCUACCCCAUAGGAAGAGAGGUGCCCGCUGGACUUGAGAGUGCCACAGUCACAGGCACCCCCAGAUGUUCACCCACCAGGAGACGGUCCCUGGGUCGGGCCGAGUCAUCGCCGCCGCACACAGUGCUGCCCGGGACGUGGGCCCUAGCUGGGCCCUGCAGCCCCUCAGUGGACACGUAUGGCCUGGGCUUGGGGCCGGUUCCACGGGCUCUCCUCCAGCCCGUGCCUCUACCUCACACACUUCUCAGCAGAAGCCCGGAAAUGUGCGCCUCUGCAUGGAAGACUGAAUCCCGAAGUCCAUCAGCUGGUCCUGCUCCUCUCUCUUCCCGACCAUCCUCUGCCCCUCAUGACUUCCACGGCCACCUCCCUAGCCGAAGUGAGGAGAACCUCUUCAGCCACCUGCCUCUGCAUUCCCAGCACCUGAACCGCGCCCCCUACCCCCUCAUUCCCAUCGGUGGGAUCCAAAUGGUACAGGCCCGACCAGGAGCCCACCCCACCCUGCUGUCAGGACCCUGUGCAGCCUGGGUCAGUGGCUUCUCAGGGGGUGGCAGUGACCUAACUGGGGCCCGAGAGGCCCAGGAGCGCAGCCGCUGGAGUCCCACGGAGAGCCCUUCAGCAUCAGUGUCCCCUGUGGCCAAGGUCUCCAAGUUUACACUCUCUUCAGAGCUGGAGGAGGAAAGGACCAGCCGAGGCCCAGGAAGACCUCCUGCCUGGGAACCUCACAGGGCUGAAGCCCCUGCAGAACCCAUGGGCACACACAGCCCCUGCCCCCCACAGCUGCCCCAAGGGCACCCGGUGGCACCAUCCUGGAGGGGCCUCCUGGAAUCACCACACGCACUGGCCAACCUAAAGGCCUCAAGCUUCCCGCCACUGGACCGCAGCAGCUCCAUGGACUGCCUGGCAGAGACCUCCACUUGCUUUCCACCCCGGAGCAGGAACCUCUCUGGAGAACCCAGGACCCGCCCAGACUCCCCUGAGCUCUUAGGUAGAGGGGAGCUCAGGACACCUCUAUUCCUGCCCAAGGAUAGCGGCCCCCCAAGCAUCUAAGCCUCUGCAGUACUUCAGCGCUGGCCUCAGUGUUCGGCAGCAGACACUUCCUGCCAACUGCCUGGAGUCAUACUGCUCCCGCGGGCAUCCUCUCCCAUCUGUCCAUCUGUCCAUCUGUCCAUGCAGCUUCUGCUCAGCCCCGUCUGUUCUAUUUUUCCACAUAUGCAGUUACCUGUGCCUUUUUCUAGACAUUUUGUUGCUUGAAAAAAAAAUCACACACAUCCAUAAACGAAACGAAACAAACACAUCCACGAGGA